AUGGCAAGUCCCGCCCAGUGCUAUUUCUGUUUCGAGUGCCUUGCUGCCUCCUAUGAAGAUUCCACCCCUAUCAGCCUCGAGUUGGUGGAGGAACUAUGGGAGAGGCACGAGCAGUUUAAGAAAAUUGCCGCUCUUGAGGACAAUGAUGAGUCGGUUUCUCUGAGGGAGAGCGAGGGUCUCAACCAGCAGAUUGUAGAUGAAGAUAAUGGCGACGACAACGGGCUAGGUGCAUCCCUUCAGUCUAGGAACCACCGCCUGCAGGCGGCUAAACCGCCAGCUGCCAAUCGACUUCAAUGCGACUCUAGUUUGUCAACGACGCCAUCAUCUAAUUCCUCCCGCUCUGUUCUGUCGAGUUCCACCGCCGUAACAACUCCGAAUUCACAGUCCACGCUGGCGGAGCCGGAAGUAUCAAGAGGUAGAAUCCAGAAAGAUAGGCGCCAUCCACUAUUUGUAACGUGGAAUACGUUGUCGAAGAGUGGCCGUAAGUUUCUUCGUGGAUGCAUCGGCACAUUCGAGGCUCAGGAGCUUUCUGCGGGUUUGAAGGAAUACGCCCUCAAAUCGGCUUUGGAGGAUAGUCGGUUUUCUCCCAUCCCGGCGUCACUUCUACCUGCGCUAUCCUGCUCUUUAACCCUCCUCGGGACCUUCGAACCCUGUACGAACGCCAUGGAUUGGAUCCUGGGUCUACACGGUUUGCGCAUCUCUUUCAUCCACCGCGGAAGACGAUACGGCGCGACGUAUCUUCCCGAUGUCCCGGUGGAGCAAGGGUGGACCAAAGAACAGACGGUGAAAAGCUUGAUGGAUAAAGCAGGCUGGACGGGUUCCACGGAAGGCACGUCGAGGAAGUUCCUUCGGGGAAGUAGCAGUACCAAUCAUGGCUCCAAUUCCAGCAAGCCCUGGGAGCAGGUCUCCGACUUCCGAGCGGUCAAGUAUCAAGGUCUCAAAGCUGCCGCUACCUACGCCGAGUGGCAGGAAUGGCGGGAAUGGGUUCUAUCUCUGGAAGACGGGGAAGAGAAAUUUUUGAACCCGUCUGUAUGA